AUGCAACAGUCUAUUCUUACGGUUUCUCUUUUGGCCAUCAUUGUUUCUUCGACUGAACUUUCGAAUGAGACAAGCAUUGCUCCAGUUGUACGACGCUGGAAGCGCCAUUGCGGCAGUCAAGGUUGCGCUCCAGCGGUUUGCCAAAAAUGCCCAUCUUGCUGCAGCAUGCAACCAGUCUUCAAUAUCAAUUUUAACUGUUGCAAUUCCCCAAGACCAAAUCCAUCUUGUUGCUCAGCUCCAGCUCCACCACCGCCGCCACCGCCAGCUCCAUGCUGUGGACCAGCUCCACUCCCACAGCAGCCAUGCUGCGGACCAGCACCACCAGCACCAUUGCCGGCGCCAGUUCUCUGCUGCAAGGCAGCUCCAGUUCCAGAAAAUCCGUGCUGCCAAGCAUUAGCUGGUCCACCACCACCAGCUCCAGUUUCGCCAUCGUGCUGCGCCGCGGCCCCAGCUCCAGCCAACCCGUGUUGUCAACCAGUGCAGCCACCGCCAUGCACUUGCAAUGCUCCAAGACCAGUCCCAUGUCGUUGCGCAGCUGUUCAGCAGUUUGCGGACUGUCCAAAUUGCGAUGCCCCACAGCCAAGAUGCUCUGGAUAUGCUGCACAGUGCACUUACAGAAGAAUGAGACGCGAUGUCCAUCAACAAAUCCUCCAAUCGUUCCACGCAACCUAUUAA